AUGCAAGAAAACAAUGAACUGAGAGGAGUACUUAACCCACCUGAUGGAUCAAGCAUAGAAAGCAGAACAGGCCCGAAUGGAGCAUUGCAAAUACAAGCUGACUACUUUAAUGAAGCUAUUGGUGAAACCGUGGAACGCGCCACCUCUGCGGAAGGUACAACUGAGUAUAAUUCCCUUAUAGAAAGAAUUGACAGUUUGAAGGAAGCUAGAGAUAGGACACUAGAGCAGAGAACAGUAGAGGAAGCAAGAGAGGCACAGUUGGAAGAUAUUUCUAGAUUACGUAGAUUUAUAGACUGGGUAGGAAAGGAAAAGGUGGGACUUGUAGGGAUAGCAGUGUCAACAGCUAGUUUAAUUACAGCCUUAUUAAUCAAUGCUAGGGGAGCCAUUAUGAAGACAGCAAAAGCCACUGGUAAAGUAGCAAAAGCAUUAGCAAAUUUAGCAAAGAAAGCAGGACCAAUUCUAGUUCCAAUCAUGAACGCAAUUGCAACAGCGCUAUCAUGGGGAGCCAAGGGAAUUGCUUG